ACGUGUGUUGCCGGUCGCUGCAUGCUGCCGAACGCCGGUCCCUGUCCCUCGCUGAACACCAUCCCUCUCUGGACGCAGGAUGUCACUGAAUCACCCAAUAUCUUUGUGCAGCCUCGCCCUCCCCAUCCUCCUCCCCCCUCGCCCUUUCUCAUCCUCCCUCCCUUCUCUCCUAUCCUCCUCCUUCGCGCUUCUGCAUCCCGCCCUCCUUAGGCCUCACGCCCCCUUUCUCUCGCGGUGGCGUACGUUCUCCUUCGCCCUCUCUCCCCUUUUCCUUCGCGGUGGCGUACGUUCCCCUUCGCCCUCUUUCCGCCCUUUCCUUCGGCACGACGUACGUCCUCCUUCGCCCUCUCGCCCCCCUUUCCUUCACGACGAAGUACGCCCUUCUUCGCGGUGGAACCCACGCGCCGAGCGAUCCUCCAUGCGCCGACCGGUCCUCCCUG